AUGGAGAGAAUCGUGGCCGAGACGCUGCCGCCCGGUCCGCCCCACCGUUGGGCGCGCGACUAUCUUUUCGAUGUCUGCCGCGAUCUGGGAAUCACGCGAAUCUUCGGCGUUCCCGGGGUCAAUGAAAUCCCCUGGAUUGAUGGAACCUCCUAUCCCGAGAACGGCGUCGAAUAUGUCCAAUGCCUUCACGAAAACAUCGCCAUGGGCGCGGCCAUGGGCUCGGCCCGCAUGACCGGCAAGCCGGCCGUCCUGAUCGUCCACGUCACCCCUGGCAUCGCCCACGCCAUCACCAACCUGUUCAACGCGUCGCGCUCGCAGUUCCCGCUGGUCAUCCUCUGUGCGCAGCAGCAGAACGCGCUGGUGGUGCAGGAGCCUUUGCUGUCGUCCGACACCGUCACUCUCGCCCGCAACUACUGCAAAUGGGCGCACGAGAUGAAGUCCGAGGACGAUAUGAAGCUGGUGCUGCAGCGCGCCUUCAAGGAGGCGAUGGCGCCGCCAAACGGGGCCGUGUUCCUCUCCAUGCCGUGGGAGUUCACCAUGCGCCGGAUUCCCGAGGGCGAUUACCUCAAGGGCAUCACCCGGAUUUCACCCCAUUUCGGACCCGAUCCGGAAAGCGUGCGCGACCUCGCCGGCCGGUUGGCGGCGGCGAAGAAUCCCAUCAUCGUCGCCGGCGACGCCGUCGGGUUGGCCGGUGCCUGGGCGGAACUUCGCGAUCUCGCUGACGCCAUCGGCGCGCCGGUCCUGCAGCAGACCUUGAGCGCCGUCGCCAAUUAUCCCAAUGACGAUUCCCAUUGGCAGGGCGAGCUGCCCAACAACCAGGCCGGCAUGCAGUCGGCAUUCGAAGGGCACGAUGUCGCCUUCCUGUGCGGCUUCUCCAACCAGGCGCAGGUGCUGGUCUACAAACCGUCCGACGGCCCGCUGAUCCCCGACUCGGUCAGCAAGCUCUAUCUUAGCAACUGCAUCUGGGACAUCGGCAAGAACUAUUACGGCGACGCCGCCCUGUUCGCCGACGUCAAGGUCGCCCUGCCGCAGAUCACCGCCCUGGUGAAGGAGGUGAUCGCCCCAUUGGUCGCCAAACAGCGCAACGACACAUUGGCCACGCUGGCGGACGAUCGGAAGAAGCAGUGGGGGCGUUAUCUGGACCUGGCGAUGACCCAGGACAAUGUGUGGGCGGUGGUGAUCGCAGACGCACUGCGCCGGCAGAUCGAGCAGCAUCAGCUUCAGCGCGAUUUCGUUUAUAUCCACGAGGCCAUUUCUGAUCCCUCCCCCUUCCAGUAUCUGCUGCCCUACGCCGAACCGACCAGCUACUAUUGCGUCGGUGGCGGCUCGCUCGGCUGGUCGUUCGGCGCCACCCUCGGCAUCAAGGAGGAAAAGCGAGGGGUGCAGGGGAUCGGCACCAAACUAGUCGUGGCCGUCACCGGCGACGGCUCCUCGCUGUUCUAUCCGCAGGCCUGGUGGACGGCGGCGCACCGCAAUCUGGGUAUCCUCUACAUCAUCACCAACAACACCGAAUACCACACCCUGCAGGUGGGACUCGGGAGUAUCGUCCAGGUCUAUGGCGAGGCGCUGGGCUACGACUGGACGCCGCGCACUAUGGACCCCGGCUAUCUCACCAUCCGUGACCCCCAGCCCGAUUUCGUCGGCAUCGCCAAAGCCUUGGCCGGCAUCGAGGGCAAGCAUGUCGAUCACCCGGCCGAGGUCGAACCGGCCGUGUCCGAUGCCAUCCGCUACGUACUGGAGACCGGCAAAUCCUUUGUGCUGGAAAUCAAGACGGUGGGGCUGAGCAGCCAGCAGGCCCCGCCCAACACUAACGAUGCCGGCGCCGUCACCCCGUCACUCAGGAAGCAGCCGCAUUUGGACAUGGUCCAUUCCGGCCCGAACUCCGCCCGCGAGCCGGGCGAUACGGCGCUGAUCUGCUAG